AUGGAAGAAACAAUUGAUAGGAUUCCCAAAUUAAAAAAGAACAUCACUGAGUUGCGGCCAGAGAUUGUCGACAAGAUGGAAAGAAGAGCUAAUCUAAGUAUACUGGACAGCUUUGCAUCCAGUAACAUUUAUUCAGGAACAAUAGCUUCAGCAAAAUCAAUAAAUGUGGUACGUUUUAUCGAUCAAAGUAAGAGUAACGAUUCAUUUCGUGAUGGAAAUGUUUUUUGCAACCAAUCAGAUGUUUUUAAAUCAACAAUUCAAAAUGGAUUACGAUCAAUAUGUGAGUGUUUGAAAAUAAAUCCAGAUGCUCAUAAUUCAGAGCAAGAGGUUAUGUGUGUUAUUAUAAGUGGUAUUAAAGCUUUGCAGUUGAAAUAUUCUCUGGAAUUGAAAACCAAUGCUCAGUUGAAAAAUGAUAAUGAAACAUUGAUAAUUACUGUGAACAAUCAAAAAGCUGACGCGGAACGUGUUGUAAAUGAAAAUAAAGAGAUUAAAAGACAAAACCAUGAUAUAUAUAAAACCGUCACAAUGUUGGACCGGGAACUUGGUAGUCAUGAAAUUGAAAGUGCAGCAAAAACUAAAGAAUUACAAAGUCGGAUUCUUGCUUUAAAUCAAGAGGUAUUUCAAGUUAAAGAAGGAGAAGAAAAACAAAAACUGGAAAAUCUUAAAUUAUUACAGAAUAUAGCUGAAUUACAAAAACUUGAAAUUAAAGUUGGUGAAUUAACUACUGAAAACAAAUCAUUGGAAACAAAGAAUACCACUUUGAAAAAACUCACCAAGGAAAAGGAAAAUAAAAUUGAUAAAUUAUCUUCUCAAUUAACAUCCAGUAGAUCUAAAUAUGCCAGUAAAUUGAAAUCAUUAGAGCUGGAAACUGGAAAAACCAUUGAUUCCUUGUUGGUGGAAUUGAAAUUGGUAAAAGAUAUCAAUGAGAAAUUAUUGGCUAAAGAUGCAUCCACUAUGGAAACGUUAAAGGGAGUUCUGACAACAACUUAUGAUUCCUUAUAUGAUUGGUUAUUUACUGAUAGUUCUGCUAAUUGCUAUCUCGAUAAGGUUUAUGAAAAUAGAUAUCUAUCAUUAUUAAAUGUGCUUAAACAAACUAAAGAUUCUAAUGAAAUUUAUCAUAAUAGUAUGCAUUCAUUGUUAAUGCGUAUUUGGACUAGUAUGGAGAAAUUACAAUAUUUACCGGCAGAAAACUUGGCUUUCUUUAGAGCUUUGAUUAAGGAAUUCUAUCAGAGGAAAUUAUUAAAACAAGAUGACCUCAUUUUUAUUAAAAAAUUACUGGAUGUAUUCGAUCUUUUGAUGGACUUCAUCAACGAGGAAGUAGUUAUGGGUAGUAGACCUAGUAGAAUUAUAAAAUAA